CUGAGGCCUGGGCCCACUUGCACGAAGCGAUCUUAGCGCUAAGAUAGGUUUGUGCAAGUGGGCCUAGGUCUGGGAAAGGGACGUAAACUGACGCGACCGCAUAUAUGCCAUGCUUGACAACAGCCGAGAGAAAAACCGCGGGGGUCCUCGGUGCAUCGCCUACACUCAUUACCGCGGCAGUGAUCGUUAUUGAUAAUCUACUGCUGAGGCCUGUAUCUCGGUAUAUGGUCUCUGGAUUAACAGAAGAGUUUCACCAAGAAUUCCCCAACCCUAGACCUGCUUGCUCGGCACGUUCACAGACAAUGCAUUCCAGUAUUCUUACAGCAGCAGCCUUGUCAUUGAUAUAUGUCGACUGGGCGGGUGCUUCUGCCGGAGACAGAUCAUGGAUUUAUCAGAAGUGUGUGAAAAACUGCAGCACAAGCAACUGUACGGACGUAGAGACGUUUCUCCAAAAACAACCAUAUCAUCUUCAGUUGUUGCAGUGGAACUGUACCGAUGAAUGUCAAUAUGAGUGUAUGUGGUCAACUGUUGAGGCUUUUAGACGUGAUGGAAGUGGAGUUCCACAGUUCCAUGGGAAGUGGCCGUUUGUCCGCUUCUUUGGGGUACAGGAGCCUGCAUCCACUCUGUUCUCCAUCCUUAAUGCCUUGUCCCAUCUGGGGCUGAUCUGGUUUUGGUCGAAGGUGUCCAAGCCCUGCCCUCUCUACUACGUCUGGCACGGGGCGGCUAUGGUUGGGAUUAAUGCUUGGACGUGGUCCACUGUCUUCCAUACAAGAGAAACCGACUUUACCGAGAAAAUGUACUAUUUCUUUGGUUUUUCCAUCGUGCUUUACAAUGUGUUUAUCUUCAGCUGCAGGAUUCUGGGGACGAAAAUAAGAUGGCGUCAGUGCCUGGUGGGUGUGAUCCUUCUCGUGAUCUACGCACAACACAUCCACUAUCUCACUUUCAUAAAGUUUGACUACGGUUAUAACAUGAAGAUGAAUUUACUCUUUGGCAUGGUGAAUAUGGUCGGAUGGUUGAUCUGGUGCGGCGUGAAGUACAAGAAACAACGCUAUGUGUGGAAGUGUGCUGCUGUUGUUUUAGGAAUCAAUGCGUUGUUGUUGCUGGAGGUGUUUGACUUUCCGCCAUUCUGGUGGGCGCUGGAUGCACAUGCACUGUGGCAUGCUGGGACGGCUUACCUCGGGUUGCUGUGGUACAGUUUUAUCAUAGACGAUUCCCUGUAUCUGAAGCAGUGGGAAGAAGACAUGGCACUCAAAUUGGAUUAACAACAACAACAACAACAGCAACAACAACAACUACAGAUAGCAUCAUCAUCAACAACACAAAGGAGUUGAUGAACAAGGGAGAAGGUUCUAUGGAUGUACAGCUUCUUUAUAACAAUGACUGCCACAUUUUGGUGUAGAUACUAGCACUGUUGUCAAUUGACUUAUCUCCCUUGAUCAUCAUACCUACUUCUAAAUCAUUCGUCACCACUCGCCCCUUUUAGUAACCUGCAAGAAGACUCGUCCCUAUGGAUGAAUGUUAUGUGUGAAAA